GAGACCAUGAGCAAGAAGGCGCCCAAGUACUUCCCUUCCCUCUACGACACCAACAGCAACUCGUCCCCUCUCAACGGCUUCAACAUCUGGAAGAACCUCUUCCCGGCCCCGGAGAUCGUGGAGAACAAGCCCACCAAGGCUUCCCUCUGGCCGCGGGGGUUGGCGGAAAACGCCUACGAGCCCCUGAAGUUCUUCUCCCCGCCGGUGGGAGGAGACUCCGCCUGGAGCGAGCUGGACGAGAUCUGCGAGUUGGACAUCAGGCUGAAGGAGAUGGAGCUCCUCACGCUGACUGGAGAUGGCUUCGACCUGCGGAGAUAUAAGUUUUUAAAGAUGCUGAAAGAUGAGAAGAUGCAAGACAUCAAGGCAGCCAAGGAGAAGAAGCUGCAGAUCUUAAAGGACAAGGCGAAGAAAUGGUAG